AUGUAACCUAUAUUGUUGCAGAUGUUUAGUUAUUUGGAUUUUUAUUGGUUCAUGUUGGAGGUUAUGGUGGGUUUGUCGCCGCUGAUCCUGUCAGCUGUACUGGCAGACCUGGUGUCAAUGGAGACGCAGAAGAUGUUGGUCAUCGCUUUGGACAGGCGCAUCGCUUGUAAAAACGAGCGAGACCGCGAGGAGAUCCAGAAGCUGUUCCUGUUCCUGAAACGCAACCCGUUCCAGUACAGCUUGGGGCGCGUGGUGCCGCUCAACGUGCGCAGUCUGCUGUCUUACCUCUCCUUCACUGUCACUACCAUUAUCGCGAUUUUGCAAAUACGAACCUGGACUACAUAAUCCAAUUUAUUUAUUUAUUUGUAUACAGUUAAAUAACACCAUUUUGCAAAAUGGCAUAUUAAAUAUAAUUAAUUACAUAACUUACAUCAUACAUGUUAUGUAGCCAUAGACUUAUCGAGGAUAUGUCAUUCCCAUACUUGUUCCAGUUUUCUAUUAGCAUUAUCGAUCGUAGAGAGGCAUCUUGACUACGGCCCCUACGGACUAGGUAGCAAAAAUCAUCCCGACAGGAAAUAUAAUUUCUAUUUAUGUUAAUAUUCUUAGAAGUAUUGUUCUCUCAUUGCGUUCCAAGUUAAAGGACGUUGCAACUAGUAAAGUUACUGCGCAUUAUACAAGGUGGAUAGAAGACUUGAAAAAAUCGAAGAACAUGCUAGAUGCAGGCCGCUUUUAGUAGAUUUGUUUGAAAGUCGUUAGAGAAGUUUCAGCAGUAGAUCUAAUGUGACUGAUGAUGAUACAAUUUAAACCUAUCUCACUUAAUGUUUGGGAAAUUAUACCUACUAUACAGAAUAUCGUAUUAUUAUUAAAUAAAUAAUGACUUAAUAUAAUUUAAGUAAUAAAAUAGUUGAAUGUUGAUCACUUUCAAGUUUCGUGCACUUUUUAAUUAUAAUUAAUUCUAGAUCACUGCAUUGUGUUUGUGUGGGAUUUAAAUAAAUAUCAAUAA